AUGGACCAAGUUUCACCUGGCAUCAAUCAAGAACAAGCACUUAAAAUCUAUCGAUCAUCAGAAGAAAUUGUUUUUCUUCUUCUCUCUGUUCACUUUCUCUCCAUAUUUAAGUUUUUACCAAAUUUUGUUGAAAAUAAUAUUCCUGUUCCUUUGCCAGGAAGAAAUGAAGUUCAAGUAAAAGUCAAAGCCUGUGGACUCUCUUCUAUCAAUUUUAAAUUUCUAGAAAAGCUAUUCCAAAAAUAUCCAGAAAAAAGGCAACGGUAUAUUGUUGGUCAGGAUGUAGCAGGAAUAGUCACUGAGCUAGGUGAAAGUGUUUCAACAUUCAAAGUUGGAGACGCCAUUGUCGUGAAAAAGCCAGAAAUGUUAAGUUUUGAGGAUGCUGCCUGUGGUAUUGGUGACUGCAUUCGGGCAUACACAGCUCUUCAUUGUCUUUGUCGGCUUAGUGCUGGGGACACUGUCCUUGUGAUUGAAGGAUCAACGCCUUUCUGCAGUAUUGUCAUCCAAUUGGCACUGAGUUGGGGAGCUAAGGUUAUAACCACUGCAAAUACGCCAGAGGAAAGAAAAUAUAUAACGUCUAAUCUUCCAGCUGUAGCACCGACAUUUGUGGAUUUGGAGGAUAAAGGUUUUGUAGAAAGCCAGGAUCAACCACCAUCUUUAAAAUGUGAACUAAUAUCCUGUCUUGGAUCCUUUGGCAAAUGGGUGACAAUACAGUCGGACCUUCAGACCCAAGAUGCCAAAAACCAUUGGAAUUAA